AAAUGACAUCAGUGUAUAAAGAACUCCUCCUUUAGCAUUACAAUCUGUGUUUUGUGGCCCGUACCUGUCACAUAAUAUUUAGCCCAUCGUCUAGCGUUUCCAUGUAACGUUUAUGACACGCGCUCUUUAGGCAGGCAGUGGCUUUUCCAGAGCGUUCUUGAGAGUCCAGCCAUCUGCCAAUCGGAGCUUCAGCGCGCGAGGAGGACGAGGGGGAAAUACGAGAACGGGAAAGAAAAGAAGAGAGGGACUGUUCGAUAUUGAACCGGACACAUGUUGAGUUAGCGGACCGUUCCUGCUCCCUCCGCCUCCCUCAGCGGAUUCGCAGUCUGCUUUUGAUUCCCGAGUAGGGAAAACGGUUUACCUUACGUUCGAUAACCCCGUUUGAACUAUGGACUCGAAUAAAAUGGCAGUGAGCAUCAACAAAGCCAUCAACACACAGGAGGUUGCUGUCAAAGAGAAGCAUGCCAGGACGUGCAUAUUGGGCACGCAUCAUGAGAAAGGGGCUCACACAUUCUGGCUUGCAGUCAACCGCCUGCCCCUUUCCAGCAAUGCGGUUCUCUGCUGGAAAUUUUGCCACGUCUUCCACAAGCUGCUGAGGGACGGCCAUCCAAGCGUCAUUAAGGACUCAAUGCGGCACAAGGCUGACCUGAACGACAUGAGCAGGAUGUGGGGUCAUCUGAGUGAAGGCUAUGGGAAGUUGUGCAGCAUCUACCUCAAACUGCUCAUUACCAAAAUGGAGUUUCACAUCAAAAAUCCUCGUUUCCCAGGCAACCUUCAGAUGUCAAAUAGACAGCUUGAUGAGGCGGGUGAGAACGAUGUCAAUAAUUUCUUCCAGUUAACGGUGGAGAUGUUUGAUUACUUGGAGUGUGAGCUGAAUCUAUUCCUCGGCGUGUUCAGCUCGCUGGAUAUGUCUCGUUCCGUGUCAGUGACUGCAGCGGGUCAGUGUCGUCUGGCCCCUCUUAUACAGGUCAUUCUGGACUCUAGUCAUCUGUACGACUACACCGUCAAACUGCUCUUCAAACUCCACUCCUGUCUGCCAGCAGAUACUCUGCAGGGCCACAGGGAUCGCUUCCAGGAGCAGUUUAAGAAGCUGAAGAGUCUGUUCUAUCGCUCCAGUAACCUGCAGUAUUUCAAGAGACUGAUUCAGAUCCCACAACUUCCUGAGAAUCCGCCAAACUUCCUGCGGGCAUCAGCCCUGUCUGAGCACAUCAGUCCAGUGGUGGUGAUUCCAGUGGAGUCUUCGUCCCCUGAAAGUGAACAUGUAGUAGAGACAGAAGACCUGGUGGACACAGACAUCCCCCCUUUACCGAGCGUUGUGGACAGCAAAUUCGACGACUUUUUCGGCACCUCGGCUGCCACAGACCCGUUCAACUUCAGUCAGAACGGCAUGCGCAAAGAUGAGAAAGACCGUUUGAUCGAGCAGCUUACAGCAGAGCUACAGGCCCUGAAAGAGGAGCUGGAGUCCUUCAGAUUGGAGAGUGGCCGUCUUUGUCAAGCACUACGAGGGCGUGUGAAUGAGCUGGAGGCGGAGCUUGCAGAGCAGACUCACCUGAAGCAGCAAGCGCUGGGUGAGAGCGAGUUCCUGAGGGUGGAGCUUGACGACCUGCGCCGGGUCAAAGAGGACACAGAGAAAGAGCAGCGCAGCCUGAGCGAAAUCGAGAGAAAAGCACAAGCAAAUGAGCAACGCUACACCAAGCUAAAGGAGAAAUACACAGAGCUGGUCCAGAGCCAUGCUGACCUGCUUAGGAAGAACGCAGAGGUGACCCGUCAGAUGACGGUGGCCCGUGCCGCCCAGGACGAGGUGGAGAAUGUGAAGAAAGAGAUGCAGGACAAAUUGAAAGCCGUUCAGGACUCUACCAGUCAGCAGGAGAAGGCUCAGUUAGAGCAGCUUCAAGCUCUACAAGCCGAGCUCAUGUCCAGCAGGACAGAACUAGAGACCCUGAAGAGUGCCGUCACCUCCUCCCAACAGUCAAGUGAGCAGCUCAAUACUCAGCUGUCUGCUUUAGAGGCGGAGAAGGCGGGGCUUUUGGAGACCGUAUCUCAGAAAGAGGCGGAGUUGGCCGGUUUGGGGGUGGAGUUAGAGCGUGUACAGAGCAGUCUGACCACUGAGAGAGAGAGUGGCGUGAAAGCUGCUGAGGCCCUACAAAACCAACUCAAUGAGAAGGAGAGUCGUGAGCAGGCUCUGGAGAGCGAGUUGGUGUCCCUGCGCUGGGCGGCUCUGCGGGCAGCUUUAGAGGAGGGGGGGAGGAUUGUACAGGACAGCCUGAAUCAGCUGGAGGACCCCGCACACAUCAGCUGCACCAGUUCGGCCGAUUACCUGGUGUCCAGGUGCCAGGUGGCUCUGGAAUGCGUGGAGCGGCUCCAGUCGGCCAGAGACGGUUUUGUAUCAGAUAACACAGAUGUGUCUGGACUGGUCCGGGCAGUGACUCAGUUUGCUCACCUGGUGGGCGAUGUCAUCGUGCAGGGAAGCGCCACCUCCCACAUGGUGCCAGUGGAACAAGCUGAUGCUUUGGCAGACAACGUGAAGGCGUGUGGCGCGGAGGCAAUGGCGCUGCUUUGCCAGCUUAAGGAGCAGAAGUCUAUGGGGACGGCAGACUGCAGCCGGCUGACGUCGGCACUGGAUACCGUAAUGGCGUUGGGUGAAAAGUUGCGUCCUCGUGGUCUGGAACUGCAGCAAGGGGAGCUGGGAGAUCUGGUGGAGCAGGAGAUGUCAGCCACAUCAGCAGCUGUGGAGUCGGCUGCUGCCAGGAUUGAGGAAAUGCUCAAUAAGUCAAGGGCAGUUGACACAGGAAUCAAAAUGGAAGUCAAUGAAAGGAUCUUGGCGUCCUGCACAGAUUUAAUGCAGGCCAUCAAAGUGCUUGUGCUGUCCUCCAAAGACCUGCAGAGGGAUAUUGUGGAGAGCGGCAGGGGGGCCGCAUCUAUGAAGGAGUUCUACGCCAAGAAUUCCCGAUGGACGGAAGGUCUCAUUUCUGCCUCCAAGGCUGUGGGCUGGGGCGCCACCAUGUUGGUUGAUGCAGCUGAUCAGGUGGUGCAAGGCAAGGGCAAGUUUGAGGAGCUGAUGGUGUGUUCGCAUGAGAUCGCUGCCAGCACGGCUCAGCUAGUUGCGGCAUCUAAGGUAAAAGCAGACAAGGGCAGUACAAACCUUUCCCGCCUCCAGCAGGCCUCCAAAGGGGUCACCCAGGCCACUGCAGGGGUCGUGGCAUCAACAAAGUCUGGCAAGUCUCAGAUCGAGGAUACAGAAACUAUGGACUUUUCCGCAAUGACACUCACUCAGAUCAAGAGGCAAGAGAUGGAUGCACAGGUUCUGGUGUUGGAGCUGGAGACCCGGCUGCAGAAAGAGAGGGAGCGACUUGGAGAACUGAGGAAGAAGCAUUACAAGCUCGCUGGCGUCGCAGAGGGCUGGGGAGGGGAGGACGAGGGAACGGGAUGAGACUUGUCGUGUUCUGCACAGCGGCCGCUUGACGUCUUUAUAUACACACUAUCUUUCCCUUCUCCCUUUUUAUUGUACUUUUUAACUCUUCUGAUUUCUUUUAUUGUACAUUUAAGCCAAAUAAAAGGUGCUUUUUUUCUAACCUGCUCCCUCCCCUGCCCGUGGAGUCAGGAGACGUGAGGAGUGUGAUGAUAGUGUGCGACAAAGGGGGGAGGGAGAGGAAGGCUGGAAAUGGAUGGCACCACCUAGUGGACAGAGAGGGAAGUGCAGGCUCGCUGAACUGUCUGAGUAUUUCAUUUCCUUUUCCUCAUACGGAAUGGAGAAUCUUCCCCGACCCCUGACCAUUUAGAACAAUCCCGUCUCCCUAUGAAACAUCCCAUGAUGCAUUGCACAAUGGUGAGUCACCCCAUUUUGCAGGAAAUGGCACUGUGCUGUGACCCUUCCGGACUCAACUUUUACAAACAGCAGCUGUGUGACUUCCACCUCUCAAACACAUUCCUUACUGUCGUGUAGGAUCGCCCUCAUCUGGGUCCGCCCCUUCCCUAGUCCUCUUAGCAGUGGUCUCUGAACUAAAACAAGAGCAUUGAACAUAGUAGAUAAUGACCACUGUGGACUAACACCUGAAAACACUAGCAAACCCUGUUGUUUUUUUUCUUCAGAUUUCUUUUGAUUAUGUUCCCAUGGCAUGAUUUCAUAAGAAGCCCUAUAUAGAUUUAAUCCACAGGCUUUUUACUGUUUCACCAUGUUGACUUUUAGGAACAAACCGCUAUUAUAUUUCGCCAGAACUGUGUCCUGAUGUUUUUCUCCAAUUUCAAGUCCAUGACUGACUAUGAACUGACUGUUUUUGUGAGACCUCCCGUCGGGCUAGAGCACAUCGUUUUGUUUUAUUAGCUCUAUUUAGGUUUGCUGAGCACAGAUAGGUUAUGCACCAUAUUGUAUUAGUAAAGGUCCAUAAAACGGUCCUGUACGGUUUACACGCUGUUAAUAUGACAGUAUCUGUUAAUUCCUGUUGUCUUCUUCUAGCUACACAUACGCGCACCCCUUCACACCGAGGCGAGGAGAGACAUCCGUGCCUUCCAAAAGGGAAAAAAGGGUCAAGGAUCACAUUCCCUGAAAAAAGACCUUUAAAAUCGUGAUCUAGAGUAGCAUUAGGACAGUGUUUUAAAGUUGUAGUUUGGUAUUGCGAACUGAGAUCAGUAUGAAAUCAGUAGAGAACCGUGUGAGAACAGAUGUACCAAUCCCUGUGUUCAACUUUGGUGUGCUUCGUUUGGUUUUUUGAGCUCCCCAUUUUCAACUUGGAGGAUAUCUAAAAGAAAGAAGAAAUGAUUCGGAGCCCUUAGAGAACAUGGUGAUGGGGGGGGGAAGGGGUUGAGUUGCGUUCCCACAGGAAACUUUGUAUUUGUUUGCAAAUUUGUAGCGUUAUCUUGCACAAAUAUCGUAUUCCCCUGAGAAACUUUGCAUUCACUCACUUGAAAUGUUAUUUCCAUCUCAAAAGUUUUACAAGCGCUUGCAAAGUUUCUCUAGAUACACAAAAGAUUUGUGAGCGAACGCGAAAGGAAGGGUUUAAUGAGCAAACACAAAGAUUUUUGAGGGAUUUUUUCUAUCACCGUGUCACUUUCAGGGCUUUGAAAGGGUUUUCUUAAAGACUAAAGGUCUUUCAUAAGAGCAAAAUGGAAAUGCGUGAAAAAUGUGAAGUAAAAUGUAUUUGGUUCUAGAGGCCUAUCCACCUCGUCAAAGCAAUGUAGACCACACAGCCUUGGAGACCACCACUGUCUGCCAGCAGCACAGCUCUGACCAGGGCUCGACACAGGGACAUGCAGUCUUGUAGUCAUCUACAAACCAUGGUUACCUCAACUUCUCCACAAACUACCAGUCAGUAACUACAAAAGAGAACAUGAUUGCAUUAGGGUCCUCUAGACUCUGUAUGAACAUGCGUUGAGAGUGUAUAUGUGUGUGUGUGUGUGUGUUCUUUAAUACUAAUAUAAUGUGUGUGUGUGUUUGGGUGGAUGCUGUGUGACUGAGAUAUGAUAUAUUCUGUAUAUCCCUCAUGUUGUUAUGUCUUAAUACCCUCAUAUUGUUUCACUUGUUGCACUGCUUCGGCUGUUUUGUUAAGUUGCGACACUGGGUAUUUAAUUUCCGUUUUUUUUUUUUUUUUUUUGGAGUGUCAUCAUCACCUCCAGUAAUGGUUUAUUCCACCAUUUAGAUUCGGUUGUGUAGUAUUACCAGCUCAGCCAGCCUCUAAACUGCCUCUCACUUUUGUUAAUAAGAAAAACAAGACCGCUCAAUAACAUUUUGGUGAAUAUCUUUGUAUGAUAUAUACUAAAACUGUGUGUGGGUUUGUUUUACUUUUCAGUUUUUAAAUAAAUAUUUCACUCAUUGAUAUAA